UUGACGAUAUGCUUUCGAGUGGGAACCUAGCGAGAUAGAUCAACGGCUGAGAUGCAUCUAAUGCUAAUCCAUUAAUCAAAAUCUCUCACGCCACUCUCUCCAUUUUCUUGCACUUUCAAAACCCCUCUUUUUCUGGAUUCCAAUUUUUGAGAAUUCGAAUUGAUAAUUUCCAUCGAGCAGUUUCCCUCUCCCUAUUUGUUUGUUGUGUCUUGUGUGUAUGCCCGAUGUCCCUUGUUACGUAGUCUCCUGAAGAAUUCUCUCUUUCACCAGUAGGAGAUGAGUGGAAUAUCCAUAGGUCAUUCGCAUCCUAGACCUUGCUCGGGAAAGAAAACAUUGAGAAGGUGCAGGAAGAACAAAGAAGCUGAUAAAGUAAUACUGAUAGAUGUCGAUUCUGAAAUUUGUGACAAUGUUGUUAUCAUUGACAUUCCUGAAUCUUUGCCAAAGAGAAACGAAGACUCAAGCAUGCUCAAGAAAGAUGAGAAGUGGUCGUUCAGGAAUGUUAUAAACAUUGAUGAUGACGAGACCCCUGAUAAUAGCUAUCAUUUUGGUGCAAAAAAUGCCAGGUUCUCCGCUAGCACCUCUUUGAACAGAGAAUCUUUUCGUAUCGCUGAGGACUUCGCAGAUUCCACAGAAACUUCUGGUGAAGAUUGCCAAUUUGUUCAAGACAGUGCAACACCAGUUAGGUUAUCAAAAUGCAAGCGUACGUACUCUGGGAAAGCUUCCACAAGUAACCGCUAUGGUUUGGAUAUUGACUCAGAAUGCGAUCUAUCUGAGAAUGAUUAUCCUGACUGUGAGUUGGUGGAAGAUUUUUCUGGAAAGUUUCAAGAGUUGUGGGAAAAAGCUGUCUCCAGGAGAAGGAAAGAUACUCACAACGUUCAUUCAGGUAUUAGAUUCAGGGGUCAUGAUAGUGCCUCAAGUUUUAUUGAUGAGGACCUCCAAAAUGCUGAAUCAAAAAUAGCAACUAGGCACCAUGACGAGGCGUCACUUUUUCAAACUACAGGGAAAUCCAAAAGUAGAAACGGUGGUUCUUCUCCUGUUAGAACAGAAAAGGAUGAAUUUGGUUUCACCCAUUUUUCUGAUAAUGCUGUGAAUGAUCGAGAAUACGGUGCACAUGGAAAAUCUAAAUCUCAAGCCAAAUGUCGUCCUUCAAUCCAUAAUCAGCAGGCUGAUUGCCCAGAUUGUGAGCCAGGAAGUUCCAUCAGUCACACUGAAAGAAGUAAACAUCCAGCUUCAUCAAACUUCUCUUGCCAGGAGGAGCCAAAUAAGAAAUUAAAUCAUCCUAUAUCUACUGCUGGGGACAAGGUAAAUUCUAAAGAGAAUAAGGAUGGUCAGCCGCACACAGAUAUCGUAUGCAGUUUACCUCCUGAGGAUGCCUGUUUAAUUAGUGAACGUGAAAAGCUCAAGGAAACGGAUGAAUACAAAAGGGCGAUGGAGGAAGAAUGGGCUUCCCGACAGCAAGCACUGCAGAUCCAGGCUGAAGAAGCACAACGUGAACGGAGAUUGCGGAAGAGAAGAAAAGCUGAAAGCAUGCGUAUGUUGGAUAUGGAAAGAAGACAAAAGCAACGCUUAGAGGAAAUGCGGAGUAUUAAGAAGAAGGAUGAGGAAAAUAUGAACUUGAAGGAUACAAUUCGUGCCGAAGUUCGAAAUCAGCUCAAGAAAAUGGAAGUUGGGUGCCAGAAUAUGGCUUCACUGUUGCAUUUGUUGGGUAUUGAGGUGGGAAGUUGGCCAAAUCCAUCCCCACAAGAGGUACAGGCAGCUUAUAAAAAAGCCUUGCUGACCUUUCAUCCAGAUCGAGCCUCACGAUCUGAUAUCCGUAAGCUGGUUGAAGCUGAAGAAAAAUUUAAGCUUAUCAAUCGCAUGAAGGAGAAAUUCCCUCCUCCUUUAUGCGCUUGAAGAGUUCCAGUUUGUACUCUCACUGUAAUUCUUAGCGCCUUGAACACAAUGUGCCUUGAGUUGCAAGGAUUCCAUGGGUACGAUGCUGCACCUUAUAUUUUAGUAGUCUAUCUAACUCUUACAGGUUGGAAAAAACGUCAUUGAUUCUUGAGAUUCAUCUUGCAUCCUGGGGUGAUCUUUUUCCAUAUAUUAUAAUUUUCCUGUAAUUAUUUUUUCACUUAGUCAUUUAUCACUGUAUUAUGUAGAGAUACUUCAAUCUCGUAAAACAAUUUGGAAAGGAAAGAUCUUGAAAAUUUUGUGGAAAAGAGAAGGUUGUUGUUCUCA